AUGCGGCCUGUAGCUCAUAUUCUUCCCAUACGCAACCGUAUUCCUGUAUUAUUAGUCAACCGCUUCAACUCUAUCUUGCAAUCAUCAACGUAUGAUGCCGGUAAUAAGAGCAGUACUAAUGGACUUGAUCCAAUUAACACGAAAUCGGUAAUGGGCGAAAAUGUUGAAGACAGUCCUUCUUCAAGUAUCAAGCAGCUGUACGAGAUGAAUAAAUCGAGAAGAGAUGAAAAUGUUCAUAUUAUUUCAAAACCGUCUGAAACCGCUGAGCAAAAGUUUGAGUCGAUGAAGCAGGCAAGGAUAGAAAAAAUAGAACGUAAUAUAGAAAACCUUGCUACACCAAAGCAGAUGAAAUCAUAUUUGGAUCAGUAUAUUAUUGGACAAGAUGAAUGCAAAAAGAUUAUGUCGGUGGCCAUCUAUAAUCAUUAUCUGAGAGUGAAUGAUAAUUUGAUCCGACGCUUGAAAAAAUCAAGCUUUAAAAGGGGUAAUACAGGGGCUGCGAUAUCGCAAACAUGUGAUAGUAAAACUGGCAUCCCCGGAAGCGAAGAAAGAGCAAAGUUAGCCCUUGAGUUUUCAAAAGGUUCCUCUUCAAAAGAGGCACCGAAACUAGAUAAAACAAAUCUCAUAUUAAUUGGCCCAAGUGGUUCUGGUAAGACUCUGAUGGCCAAGACAAUCGCAAGAAUUUUAAAUGUUCCUAUUGUCAUACAAGACUGUACAUCCCUAACGCAGGCAGGAUACAUUGGUGAAGAUAUUGCUGAUUGUGUUCAGAAGCUUUUCAAUAGAUCAGGUCGCAAUGUUGAGGAAUGUGAAAGAGGUAUUGUUGUGCUAGAUGAGGUGGAUAAGCUUGCUCAUAAAGUAGAUGCAUCCUCAUCCAAAGAUAUCUCGGGUGAAGGUGUGCAACAAUCAUUGUUAAAACUUAUAGAAGGAAGUCAAGUUCCUGUUCAUGGAAACAUUAAGAAGAACACUGCUUUUGCACAUACGAAUCCCGAUGAAGAUGAGAAAGUCAUUGACACAUCCAAUGUUCUUUUUAUAGCAAUGGGUGCAUUUGUUGGUCUUGACAGAAUCAUUGCAAAAAGAUUAACCUUGGAGCAAUCAGACAGCGAGGAUCAUAAUGAUGGAGAUUCAAAUGUCCAUGAUCAUGUUUCUGAUACUAAAGAAAGUAUGAAACCAUCCUCCUUAAACAGAGUUAUACCUGGAGAUAUUAUUAAGUUCGGCAUGAUUCCUGAGUUUAUCGGAAGACUUCCAAUUAUUGCCACAUUGAAGAACUUGACGGCCGAGGAUUUGGAACGUGUUCUUGUUACACCGAAGAAUUCUAUUAUACAGCAAUAUAGGUACACUUUCUCCAAACUGGGUAUAGAACUUGCAGUGACCGGACCGGCAUUGCAAUCAGUGGCACAAUUAUCGUUAAAAAAUGGUACUGGUGCGAGAGGAUUGCACAGUAUACUUAGCAAGCUUUUGCUUUCUGCUAACUAUGAUUGUCCAGGAAGUAACAUUGCCUUUGUAUUAAUUAACAAAGAAGUAAUUAAAUCGUUUUCCCGUUCCUGGCUUUCUGGAAAAUCAUUGGAAACUUUCAAACCAAAAUACUUUCUUUCGGGAGAAAAAAAGGAGUUCAUGAAUUGCAUUCAUAAAGAAGACCCUAUACUUGAAAAUAAGUUGCUUUACCACCUAAUUUGA